CAAUCAAUUUCAUAAAGCAAAAUGCUCUCUAAAAUAACAUCUAUCCUACUGUUUGGGAUAUUCAGCGGGAAUAUCUAUGUUUAUGCCGGUCCUUCUAACCCUUGUAAAAUGAAUCCAUGUAAGAAUGGAGGAACCUGUUCAGAAAAUGGUACACCUUGGUAUUUUAACUGCGCCUGCCCAGAUGGAUUUGUAGGCACUCAAUGCGAAGAAUAUGCAACUGAUAAGUGUACUACUUCAAAUUUUUGCAUGAACGGAGGUCGAUGCUCUAGCUACAAAACUAGUACAUUUGGUAGAUCUAGUGGAGGGUAUAGAGUAAGCUGUUAUUGCCCGUCGAACUAUUUCGGAGAUCGUUGCGAGAAAAAGCAUCCUUGCCUAAGGAAUGUUUGCCAAAACGGAGCAAAAUGUGUCAAGAAAUAUUAUUAUAAUCCAAAAGAUGAAUCAGGAAUGUAUGAAUGUAUUUGCAAAAAAGGAUUUGAGGGUAAAAAUUGUAAUCUCCCAACUACUGCAAUAUGCGAAAACAAUCCUUGCAAAAAUGAAGGAUUAUGCUAUCAAUAUAGAAAUAUAACUACUAAAAUAAGUGAUUAUAUAUGCGACUGUCCCGAAGGAAGGAUAGGAAAAAAUUGCGAUGAUGUCACUGUAGAUCCAUGCGAAAGUAAUCCUUGUAAAAAUAAUGGUGUCUGCGAAGCUUAUGAUGACGAUAAAUUCUUCUGCAAAUGCCCUGAUACUGCCUACGGAGAUAGAUGUGAACACAUUAGUCCUUGUGUGAAAAAUUAUUGCAAUGGAAAUGGAUUCUGUAUUCCGCCGUUUGUUCAGCUUUCAAAGUAUUCUCAACAGGAUAAACCGAUAUGUCACUGUUAUGCUCAAUACAAAGGAGAGAGAUGCGAACAUAAAGAUCCCUGCUUUGAGAGCAAUCCAUGCAAAAACGGAGGAAUUUGCAUGUCGAAAGCUAAUUACACCUAUACCCCUCACGGACAAGUAUUUAAUGGAUUUUUAAAGCCUACUUGUAACUGUCUACCUAUUUUUACUGGAGCAACUUGUGAGAUUAAGAGUCCAUGUUUAACAGAAAAUCCAUGCAAAAAUGAUGCCCAAUGUAUAUCAAGAAAGAGUUAUUAUGGACCUAACCGUGAACAAAAGUUCUACAAACCAAGUUGUUCAUGUACCCUCGACUACGAAGGACAAUAUUGCAAUAUCAAAAAAUUCGAUCCAUGCGAGGAAAACCUAUGUGAAAAUGGAGCAACUUGUACUCCACAAAAGUACAAUCCAAGAGCUUAUGAUUGCAUUUGUUCUCAAAAGUUUACUGGAAAAAUGUGUGAAAAUCAGAUAUCUAAAUUUACAAUUUUAAGCCUUGAUUUCGAAAAACAAAGCUCUGAUUAUACUGUUGAAGCGUCAACUGCCUACAAAUGGUUAAUUACAAGAGGUCCAACAAGAAGUCCAGCAACUGGGCCAUCUAGAGCUCAUGGAGGAAUCAAAUAUAUAUAUACUGAAGCAUCAUCACCGGCUAAACAAGGAGAUAUAACUAAAAUAAUAACGAAAGUUUUCGAACCAGAAGGAGGAGCUUGCCUUUCUUUCUAUUAUCAUAUGUUAGGUACGGGAAUUGGUUCACUGAAAGUUGUAUUUGAAGAUACAACUGGAAAUACUUUGAAACAAUGGUCGGUGAAUGGUUCACAAGGAAAUUAUUGGAACAAGAUAUCCAUGGAUGCUGGAUCAGGAGAACAGCGUAUUGUUUUUAUUGCAACGAGAGGUUCAUCUUGGUCUGGCGAUAUAGCACUAGACGACAUAAAAUUAACAAAUGAAAAUUGCGAAACAGAUACUGAAGAACAGUAAUGUAAAUUAUAAACCAGACUACAAUUUUGACCGAACUCAGCAAGAUUUUACUCAUCUCUUUAGAAAUAAUAGUUGCUUUUAAAAUUCCAAUAAACCCUCUAGAUUCUCGAAUGAAUAAUACGCCAUAUUAGAAAACAGUUUUUCAUUAAGCAUACAAUAAAGAAGAAAGACAUUGAAUAUGUUAUACAGUAGUUUCAUACGGUCUUAUUCAAUCUAUUAGCUAUAAGGAAAACUGACAAGUAAUGAUAAAGAGUAGAGCUACUUAUAAACGAAAUUAAUUGUUGCUAUAUUUAUGAAUUUUGUAUUUAUACUUCAACAGAAGAAUUCAAUAAAACUCUAUAAGCCAAGUUGAAAAGAAAUAAGUAACGUUUAAUAAAUUGUUGUAUUUGCUUUUUAAUAGGUUUUUCUGUUCAUUCAAUUCAAAAAAUUAUUGGGUCAGUUCAACGAUCUGAAAAUUAAGACAUAUAAAGGUGUAUGAGAGAAAACGUCUAAUAUUUUGGAGUUUUACCCUAACCCUCAGUUUAACUCUAACUUUACAUGAAAUGAAACUUGAACAUAUUGCGACGUUUUCUCCCAAAAUCUUUCUUGUUUUGUUAUAAAUACGAGAAAAAUAUUGAAUGUUUUUGAAUAGAAAGACAAAACAGCAAUCAGAAAUUUUAUGUUCAACAGUAAACGUUGUUUGUCAUUCGUGUCUUCUUUAUUUCACCGUCCGAAUUAGUACUUUCCAUCUUUCUACGUCGAUUACUUGAAUAUAAUACAUGAGGUACUGAGGUAUUAAAGCCUUUUACUGUUAAAGAUUUCAUAUCGUCUCUAAACAAGUAGAGGGCGUUAAAUAUUUCAUUUAAAUCAGAUUGAACAAGGGGAUUUUCACUCAAGUUGAGGCAAAUAAGUAAAUGAAGAUUUUUAAUUGUAUUGAUUAACUUCUUAGCCAAAUCAUGGUUUAGAUUACAACCUUGUAAAUCUAAAUAUUGGAGAUUUCUUCCAGAUGUAUUGAUAGCGUCUAAAAUGUUGUCAAAGUUCAUAUCAGUACAAUUAUUUUCCAUUAAAUUCAAUAUUUGAAGAUUGCUAGAAUGACGUAAAAGACACGGAAGAUAAUUAGAUCCUUCUUUAUUUAAUGCACAAUCUUGUAAUUCUAAACGUUUAAGAUUAAUAUGAGAUUGAAUUAAAGCCUGAAAUAGUUUAUUCCAACCGUAUCUUAUAUUUUUAUUCUUAUUGAAUAUUAUUAUCUCUAAUGAAGUUAAUGACCUAAUUGUUAAACUCAAUUCAUUAGCCGAAUAAUCGUUUAAAUUGCAAUUUUCCAAAUUUAAAUGUACCAGAUUAUUACCAGAGAUAGUUAACGCUUGAAAGAUAUUGGAGCAUCUAUUUUCUGAUAGAUUAUUUCCACUAAUAUUCAACUUUUUCAAGUAAAAAUUUAGCUCAAUAGCCUUUCUAAAUUGAAAAUCUUGAUUAGGUUGUAUAUUUAUAUUACUUAGAUUUAGGUUCGUGAUACUUUUACCCGAAUUUUCCAAAGUUUUGAAAAUAUUAAUCAAUCCGUCAUUCAUACAAUCAUUAUUAUUUAUAUCUAUUGUUUCAAGGGAACGCAGCAUCUUAAUAGCCAAACUUAGCAUAUCAGCUUGAUGUUGAUCAAUAUUACAAUUUCUUAGAUUUAAAUAUUUCAAAUUUCUGCAAUUUAUAUAUAAAGAUUUCAAUAUAAUAUUUAAGCCUUUUUCCAUAUUACAAUUUCCUGCCAAAUUGAAUGUAUCCAAUGAUUUUAAGUAGGUCAUAUUGUUGCUCAGUAUUUCACAUUGACUAAAAUUUAAGUUACAUUUUUUUAAAUUCAAAUAUUCUAGACAAUUUCCAGAUAUACUUAAAGAUUUAAUAAUUUCAUUCAUUCCAUUUUCCAUAUUGAAAUUGCCUUUAAGAUUUAAUAAUCGUAGACAAUAUGCUGAUUUUAAUGUAUUAGACAAAAUAAAUCCAUGAUACUCUUUCAAAUCGCAGUUCUCUAAGCUUAAACUCGUUAGAUUGUUAGCAAAAACAUGUAUUGAAUUUAAAAUGCAAGUCAUUCCAGUCGCCGUUUGAUUAUUGUAAGAUAAAUUUAGAAUUUCCAAUGAUUUUAUUGAUUUUAACGAAUUCCCAAAUGAUAUUGCUUGCUCUUCGCUUAUGUUACAUUUUUCAAGAUUGAAAUUCUUUGAACAAUCAUUUAAAACUGAUUCAAAUGCUCGGAAGAUACUAUUGAAUCCAUUUUCCAUAGUUUCGUUACAUUUUAGAUUUAAGUGUUCAAAACGGUGUAAAUAUUGAAUUGAAUAAGCUAAAUUCUCUGCUUGAUUAGGAUUUAGAGAGCAUUCUUGCAAAUUUAGACAUUUUAAAGUCUUUCCAACAUGUAUCAAUGAUUUGAAAAUAUCGUUCAAUCCUUCAUUCAUCUGUCUAUUGCCUCUUAAGUUUAAAGUUUGUAGCGAAACGAACGAUACUAGUACAUUACUUAACAAAGUCGCAUUUUUCUCUUUCAAGUUAAUAUAAUCAAAGUUUAAUAUAGUUAGUUUACUUGAACAUUGAGAAAAUGAUUCUAAAAUAUCCUUAAAGCCUAUUUCCAGGCAAGGAUUCUGUUGUAAAUUUAAAGUAUUGAGAUUACUCAUAUUCGUUAGAAUAUUUCCCAAUUUAUGAGCUUGAUAGGAGUUUAGUUGACAAUUCAUUAGAUUUAAAGUUUUCAAAUAUUGCCCCAAAUGUAGAAUUGAAUCGAAAAUAUAAUUAAUUCCAUAGUCCAUUCUAUAAUUUCCCUUUAAAUUUAAUGUUUCGAGAAACAUACAAGACUUUAACGUAUCUCCUAAACUUCUAGCUUGAAAAGGAUUAACGUCGCAAUCUUCUAGAAUUAAAUGUUUUAGAGAAUAUUUAGAUUUACAGAGAGAUUCUAAAAUAUCGUUGAAGCCUUCAUUCAUUUGUCGAUUUCCAGUAAAAUCGAUUUUUUCCAAAUUAGAACAUUUCUUUAAUAAUUUGGCAAGUUCAAUUGCAGAAUUUUCGAAUAAAUUAUUGCCAAUAAUUUCAAUGCAAGAUAGAUUUUUGAAUGAAUUCAUUAAUGAAUUGAAUAUAAAUCGAUAUCCUGCUGCUGAAGUAUUGUUUCCGAAAAAUCUUAUCGUCUUUAUACAAUUACAAUUACUAAUAUAUUUAGUUAUCAUUUGCAGUUCAUGAUCGUAAAUUUUACAAUUUUCCAGAGUGACGUUAACUCGAUCAUUCACUUUAUGAUAACUCUCUAUGUAUAGAGUUUUAAAAUAAUAACAAUCAAUCUUACUAUCCUCUCCAAUUGGUAAAGAUUGUAGAAAAUGGCAAUUUUCCAAUUGCAUAACCUUUAAAUUUUGACAAUAUUGUAAAAGAGAUAUAAUAAAUGUAUCACAAUUGUAGAAACUUUUAGUAGAAAAGGUUAAAGAUUGAACAGAUUUCAUAUGACUUAGAAAUUCAAGUAAAUGUUCAAAUUUAUAAUUAUUAUUGAAUAGUCUCUUUGGAUAAAUAAUGGACAUAUUUUUAAUUUUAUCAGAGUAUUUUGUUAAAUAUAUAAAGAAUUUUUCAUAAUUUAAUUCAAUAUUAUCCAAAAAUAUAUGCUCCAAACUAUUUUUAACUGCUUUUAAUAAUAGAAUCAGAAUGAUAUCGUUAAUAGUUUCAUCCUUUAAUAUUAAUGAAUUUUCAUUACUAGUUAAUUGAUUUUGUAGGAUUUUCUUAAUAGUUUUACUACAAGAAUAUAAAUCGUGAAUUUGUGAUGAUUUUAAAAUUUCUUCCAACAAGUACUUAUUCUCCAUUCCUACAAAUCCAAGAACGUUUGAAAAUACUUGAACUUUUUUAUCUUUUUUCAAUCUAUUUAUUAAACGCGAAGCGAUUUGACAAUCGCUACAAUCGUCCGUAAAUAUUCUAUGCUGGCGAAUAAGGAAUUUAGCGGCAAAGAACUCUUGAAAGGAUGAAUGAAUAAAUUUUAUAGCCAUUAUCUUUGAAUUGGAAUUCGUAUUUGGAAGAAUUUGAAAGAAAUUACCCAAACAUAGUUUCAAAUUACAUAUAUUUACUGUUUCUGUACAUAUUGUAUUGAUUUCUUCACCCAACUGUUCAAAACAAAUUCUAAAGAUGUAUUCCAUUGUAAUCUCGUUAUCUUUCGAAUUGAUAUUAUCUUUCACUUGAAAAUAUGAUAUUAAAUUAUGAUAGAAUACUGAAAUAACGCAAUUCCAAAGUUGUUUAUUAUUUAUCCAAACAAUAAACAUCAUUAAGGCUAAUGAUGGAAUAGAACUUAAUUUAUUUAGAAAUACGUGUUGUUUUAAAACUGAAUCGACAAAUUCAUUUGAAAUGUCAUUAUUGGAGAAAUAUUUAACUAAAAUAUACUUUAGAUGUUGACUAUUCCAACCAUUAAGUUGAAAGGUAAUGUCGAAAGUUUGUAAAUAAUCGUUUACUUUCCAUUCUCUUGACCAUACAAUCGUUUUUAAUUCGUCGAAAGGUUUCUCAAUUAUACUCUUUAUCUUUGAAUCUUUAUCAUUAAAUUCAUCUGCUCCGUCUAAUAAUAAGAUAAUAUCUCGUUUUCUUUCGACGAAAAACGAAAUGAUAAUUUCUUUUGUCAUCCAUUUGAUAUUAUUGAAAUUCUGUUCCAAAAUGGCGUCAUAGAUAUCUUGGCCUUCUUUUAAAUCUUUCAGAACAAGUUGAAUCAAUAAAUUGUCAACAAUAUGCGUCCAUUUAUCAUUCGCCCAACUGUGUAAAAUGUAUCUAAAUUGAGUAGUUUUUCCAACCGCUGAAUUGCUGCUUUUAACCAAAACCUUUUUAAAUUCUAAACUUAAAAGCUGUUCAAAAUUAUCAAAUGUCCAUAAUAAUGAGUUUUCCUCCUCCGUCAGUAAAGACUUGUCCUUUAAAUCAACAAUUUCAAUAGAAGAAUUAAUAUCAGAAUACGAUAAUAUUAUAGUAUUUUCAAGUUGAAGAUUAUCUAUUACGAAUUUAUUGUCCCGCUUUUCCUGUUUCGAUAGUCUAAUAAGAGUUUUCCAUAUAGCCGAUUGAUUUUGCAGUGAAUUAACAAGACUAAUAGAAGAAAACAGUGCAAAGUUAUUUAAAGUAGAAAUUAAAAACUGUAAUGAUUGUUUUGAGAGUAUAGAAAUCAGCUCUUCUACUGUAUUACACUGAUCAUCGUUAAAACGUAUUUUGAACUGUUCCAGUUGUACUUUAUUUAGGAUACUUGCAUUAUUAAGAUUCAAACAAGUUUGUAUAAACAUAUCAUAAUUUGAGAAAAAAUUGACUAUAUCAUAUUUAUGAUAUUCGAAUGUUAAUCUCUCUAUACAAUUCAUUUUAAUUGUUUUUAAUCUAAACACAAAAUUAUCAUAAUUUGAAUAUUGUAAUAACAUUAUUAAUAUAUUGAAAAUUAGUGUUAAACUUACAUUUCUCCCUUUUAAAUUGGAUUCCGUAGAUGAUUUUAUACUUAUAAGCUGUUACAGGAAAUGGUAAGUCUUUAUACUCUCUCUAUAUUCUUUUAUAUUAUAAAUAGAAAAGUAGCCCUAGCCGACAGUAAAAAAAAACUAACUUUCUAUAAUAUGUUGAAUAUAAAAACUAUUGAGGAAAGCUGCCUUGCUUCCUGGAAGUGUGCUUAACAGUUUAAUAUAUAUAUAUAUAUAUAAAGAUAUGCCGUGUACAGUAUUAAAGCCAGACUGGACUUCUGAAAGAGGAAGUACAUUGGUGAAUAUUCUGUUUUUUUUGUUGAAUUUUUUAUUCAAUUCAACAUCUUGAAUAGAGUAGGCAGUGCAAUAAGCCUUUUGUUCAUUUGAAUUGCAAAAGAAUACACCCAAUGAGUACAAAUAUGUAUAUCUCGUUGUGCACUUUCCAUAGAAGAAUUGUUGAAAAGUUAUGAUAGAUGACGGCAUAAUUUCUACAAUCUAGCUAUUAGUUUAAUAAGUUCUGUUAUUAUCUCUUAUAACGAUGAACUGUUUAUAGAAAGACAAAAAAAAAACUUUGCAAAAAGAAAAGAAAAUGAAAAACCUAAAAGAUUUGGUGUUAUCUUUUAUAUUGGAAAAUCAAAGAGAAGUAUUAAUUGCUUAUUGUAAUUCUCCAUUGGCUUUGCCUCAUUAUACAUCGGAAUUAUUAAUUAAACAUAUACAUUCGAAAGCUAAUUAUCUUUUUGAAAAUUUUAUCUUAUUCAUUCUAAAGAGAAGUCAACUCAGUCAUGUGGAAAUUUUUCAAGAUGAUAUUGAUUUCUAUUCAGAUAUAGAAUUUUUAAAAAAUUCUUCAAUUCAAUCUCUAACUGUUCAUUCAACUAAAAAGUCAAUUAUCGAUAUUCUUGAAUGUUUAAAAGAGAAGAGAAGUCUAGUAUCGUUGAAUAUAAGUGGAUGUAGAAUUAGUAAAGAAGUUUUUCAAACGUUAAAUCGUUUUAAUAAACUUACAACAUUUUGUGUGGCGUAUUCAAAUUUUGAUAAUAAAUGCCUUCAUCAAGUAACCGUUCAAUUAACUUUACUACAAAAUCUAGAUAUUUCAUAUACAAAAGUUAAUUCAUUAAAAACAAUAAAUCUAUUGAAAAAUUUGAAUAUAUUAAUAUUCAAUUGUGAAUUAUUGGAAUUUGAUGAAACUGAUUUAUAUCAACUUAGAUAUUUAGAA